AGAUAAUUCAUCUUGUGCUUUGUCUCUUAUCGGCUACUUGGUGAAGAUAUUUCUUAUACCCUGUGGUUGCCUCUCCCUAUAUUGCUCCGUCUCAGACGCUUCUACCUUGUCAUGCUGUAACCUAGUUUUAGUUCCCUGAAGAUUCUAUUAAGCUGCUACUCUCUCUUUCUAUCUCUGGGAAGUUAGUUUGAUAAUGGCAACAACAAGUGCUUCACUCUUUAAAACGCAACCUUUCUCUGCCGUAAGAUCAAUUCCGAAUACCAAAGUAAACCCAUCUGUCUCAAACUCUCUAGCUAGUACUUUUAUUGGUGCUUCGCGACAAAUGAACUCCAUGAAAAAGAACAGAACAGUCAAGAUUAGUAGGAAAAUAACAGCUGCAGCUGCUGUUGCUACAUCUCCAUUGGAAGAAAUUACUGAAUAUUCGCUUCCUAGCUGGGCUUUAUUUGAACUUGGGAGGGCUCCUGUAUAUUGGAAAACAAUGAAUGGUCUUCCUCCAGCUUCUGGCGAGAAACUAAAGCUUUUCUACAAUCCGGCUGCUGCGAAACUUGCUCCAAAUGAAGAUUUCGGUAUUGGUUUCAAUGGAGGUUUUAAUCAGCCCAUUAUGUGUGGAGGUGUGCCAAGGGCAAUGCUCAAGAAAACUCGAGGCAAAGCUGAUCCGCCGAUAUAUACCAUCCAGAUAUGCGUUCCUAAGCAUGCGGUGAACUUGAUAUUCUCAUUCACAAAUGGGAUAGAUUGGGAUGGUCCUUACAGACUGCAGUUCCAAGUUCCUAAGGCUUGGAAAAACAGACCAAUUGAAUUCUUUAACGAGGGCCUGUCAAAAGAGUUGAGUGUAGAAGGUGCAUGUGAAAAAGCCAUAUUUCCAGACACUAACAUUGUGAUCACAAGAUGUGCCAUGAUUGGUAACCUGUCCAUUGAAGGAGGUGAUCGCUGCAGUCUUGAUCUAGUUCCAGGGUGCAUGGAUCCAAGCUCCCACUUGUAUGACCCUCUUGCCAAUGUAGAUGAUGGAUCCUGCGCAGUUGAUUUGGACUUGGAGGUUUAGAUUAGUUCCCAAUUUCCAUUUUUCUGUCAACCCCACCAUUAAUAUUUUGCAUAAAAACGAAUUUUUCAUGGCAAUUGAUUACUUAUAAAAAAAAAGAACAAAAUGGCAUGAUUCUUAUACAAACCUUUUCUAGUCCAA